CAACUAUACUCCGCUCUCUCUAUUCAACCGUCAACUACUCUUGAUGUGAUAUCUGAUUGUCUCAUAUCAUAGUCUACACUGUACACGUACUUUCAGUUAUCCCUACAGGACUUACUAUCUACAUCCCAUUGUCAUCUUGAAUCCUUCCUUACUCUCGUCUCCUCAGGAACAAUGAGGUUCACAACACCUCUUGUCUCCCUGGUUCUUGCCAGUGCCGUUGCCGCCAACCAGCCAUUCCUAGGCUUGGGACUUGGAGGAAGCUCAAGCCAGGUUCAUUUGAAUGAGGAUAUCGAGGUUCCAGGCGACAAUCCGCUGUGCUUCUGCGAUGAUCCGUCGCGGGAUAUCCUGAAGAUAGACCAGGUGGAUUUGUUCCCCAAUCCUCCCCAACCGGGCGCGACAUUGACCAUCGCUGCGAGCGGGACUUUGAAGCAGGACGUCGAAGAUGGUGCCAAAGUCCACCUUCGAGUCAAAUACGGCCUCAUCACCCUCAUAAACCAAGACGCCAAUCUCUGCGAGCAGAUCAAGAAUGUCGACCUCCAAUGUCCCCUCAAAGCUGGAGCUCUUACAUUCACCAAAGAUGUCAAUCUUCCGCGAGAGAUUCCUCCGGGCCAUUAUACUGUGCUUGCCGAUGUCUUGAGUAAGGACGGCAAGAAGAUCACAUGCCUGACGGCCAAAGUCAAUUUCACCCGUGGCUGAUAAGAUGUUGUUGUCUGUAUUCCUUUCCAUAUCUGGGAAACCUUGGAAGAUUCCGUCAUACCGAUAGCAUACGCAAUUACGCAUUACUGUAGACUGGGACGUGCAUUGUGGAUCGAUCUUGUGCCAGCAGCAUCACUGGCUGCUCAUGUUUCUUGUAUUGGUUUGCGAGCGGCCUUUCAACUACUGUUCCACAACAUUUGUCACGAAUAGCGAUUGUUCUUCUGUCCCUGGGCGAAUAAUUUGAGGUUCGCAUUACAUAUGACGUUCAAGUUCCAUCUAAUAUUCGUGGGGAUGAUAGCACGCCUUAGCGUAGUCCGUAGCCAUACCAAAUCCUGUUAAUCAGACCCCGCUCAAACCCCGUGGGAGCACACCACGGUAUCACUGUACUACAAGAAAUGGCAUCUGACCUUUAG